AUGGGUGCGAGAUGGUGCGCCAAAAUUGACGAGCUCAGGUUCGCAAUCGAGGUCGCGCAUCUCGGUUUGCCUCCUGCCUCACUCGUCCCCUCUCGUCCCCUCUCGUUCCCCCCAAACCCCCAAACCCCCAAACCCCCAUCCCACCACGCCUCGCUCGACACCCAUCCACCGCUCAUGACGUAG